AUGGCAUCGUUGUCAAGCCUUUUCUCCAGCAAAGAUGAUACACGCUUCAAAGAGGCACUAGACCUCUACGAAAACAAGCAUUACAAGAGGGCCAUCAAAAUUUUAGAUGGAAUCAUCCAGCACAAUCCAAAGCAUUACGAGUCGGUUUCACUCAAGGGAUUGGCUCUUUCGAACUCGGAUCUCCCAGAAAAGUAUGAUGCACUCAAGUACAUCGAGAAGGCGUGCAAAGAAGGCGGCACUGACUCCGUUGUGUGCCACAUUGCCGGAUUGUACUACCGAGGAUUGAAAGACUAUAAGCAGGCAUCUAAGUGGUACAACGCAGCAAUGGAAAACAAAUCUCCAAACAAGGGCAUUCUCCGGGACUUGAGCUCGUGCUUGACCCAAACCCGCGACUACAAGCAUCUUCUCGUGUCGCGUUUGGGCUACUUAGAGAGCCAACCGGCAUACCGGGCCAAUUGGACGUCUGCAGCAAUUGCUCACUGUUUAAACGGUCAAUAUGAUCGGGCAGAGGAUGUUCUCACGAGAAUUGAAGACCUGGUUGCCGGCCACUUGAGCGAGGAUGACCUGUUUGAGCAGUCCGAGUGCCUUUUGCUCAAAAACAGGGCCAUCUAUAAGCAGGGAGACGUUUCUCGUGCUUUAGAGCAUUUGGAGAAGAUUGCCAAAUCCGGCGAGGUGGGAGACGGUGCAAAGCUGCUUGAGUACAAGGCGCAGUACCUGGAGGAGCUCCAGAGACCAAAGGAGGCCUCUUUUGUGUACAGGCGUCUCUUGCAGCGGAAUCCGGACAACGCAAAGUACUAUCGUGAUCUUGAAAGGUGUCUUGGAACAGACAAGAUGUCUGCAAACGUCCGUUUGGCGCUCUACGAGAAGUUGUGCGAGUUUUACCCGCGUGCAGACCCUCCAAAAUUCAUCCCGCUCACUUUUCUUAAAGGUGAGCAGUUUGCAAAAAAGGUUGAAGAGUACAUUCUUUCGCAGUUGAGGAGAGGUGCACCUGCCACGUUUGUGAACGUGAAGCCGUUGUACCGCCGCAAAAGCAACCAGAAGGUCAUAUACGAGGUUGCGAAGAGGUUCUACGACGAGGAGAAGUCGAAAUUGUCGUCUUCCGAGACCGAAAAUGACGAAAAUGGCAAUCCUUUGAGGUUUUGCUGGGCCGGAUACUUCCUUGCACAGCACUUUUACCGCGUGAGAGACUACGAUUCAGCUCUAAGAUUCAUUGACGAGGCCAUAUCGACGACUCCAACACUCGUUGAGCUCUACAUUGUCAAAGCACGGAUUUUCAAGAGGAUGAAUAGACUAAUGGAGGCCUGCGAGACCAUGAAUGAGGCCAGGAAACUCGAUUUGCAGGACAGAUUUGUCAACACGAAGGCUGCAAAGUACUACUUGCGUGCAAACAGGGUCAAGGAUGCCAUCGAUACCGCCUCGCUAUUCACGAGAAACGAAAAAGCACCAAAUGGAGUCCAAGACUUGCAUUUAAUGCAAUGCUACUGGUUUCUGAUCGAGAGUGCCGAGGCUUACGGCAGACUUGCACGGGAAGCAUUGCGUGAGUGGAGAAAAGUGAGUGUUGGGUGGGACAACAAGAAGAAAUCCCAGGAGAUUGAUCACGAGACGGUCAUGACCAGAGAGCAUCUCAGAAAGAAGACAUUGCACCUUGUUGGCCUCACAAUUAAGAGAUACAGGGCCAUAGUGAAGGUCUUUGAGGAGUACGAAGACGACCAGUUUGAUUUCCAUCACUACAGUAUGCGAAAGGGAACUUCACGCACGUAUUUAACGAUGCUUGACUGGGAAGACAGGCUUUACCACCAGCCAAUCUUCCUAAGAGCUGCCAAAGGAUUGACUAACAUUUCCCUAGAAGUGCUCAACGACAAGCCUUUCUUCCAGGUUUUGCUCACAAACCCGGCUUUCUCGCUUAACCGAACCAAAAAGGAGAAGAAGGCCGAGGAAAAGCAAAGAGAAGAGCUUGUCAAAUACUCCAAGAGCUUCCCAAAUGAUGCCGACGUGUUUGCUGAGGCAAUAUUGAGGGAACUGGCCGAUGCUCCACUCAAAAAUGCAAAAAGAAACACUGCUGGGGGUUUUGCUCAGUAUGCUGAUAAGGGCACUGCCUUAACGAGGUUGACCGACUUGGCAAAACGUGUCAACGACGAAAAUUCUCUUGACGGACAGGAGAUUGUUUUCCGUGUGAAUCAGUAUUUCAACAAGUAUGUUUUGUGUCUUCAGGCCAUGAACCAUGCCUACACAGCCGACUCUUCUGCUGCUGUUGUUGGCUAUCUAUAUCUCAAUCUUUUCAAGGCCAGAACCAAUAAAAGCACACCCGAAACCAUCCGCAGAAUUCUUGCUCUCGGCCUAAAACGUAACUUCUCUGAGCUGCUUGCUGUUGAAGAUUCCGGCGAUAGCGAAAAGCUUGCAGAAGGCCUAGUGCAGAACUUUUUCACCAAAAACAACUUUGCCAGUGCCGAAAAUCUGGUCCGCUGUGAGCAAAUCGAGCCUAGCGAUACUUUUGAGAAGAGAAUUCUACAAAUCAAGCAGUCCCUUGACCCUUACACUCUCAGAAGCUUGUCCUAUAUUGAGGAUUAG